GCGUCAGAUCCAUGGAGAAUGAAAACCACACUGGACUGACACAAUUCUACUUCCAUCCCCUCUCACCACACCGAGAGAUGCAACUGCUGAUUUUCAUGGCAUUCCUACUUAUGUAUGUGGUCAGUCUCUGUGGGAACUCUGCCAUCACGCUCUUUGUCUGCACUGAUCAUUCCCUUCACACCCCUAUGUACUUCUUCCUGGCCAGCUUAGCAGCACUGGAGGUCUUUUAUUCUUCCUCCAUUGCACCAUUGACCCUGGCCAAUCUCCUGUCUGGGAGGAAAGCCACCAUCUCCCUUGCUGGUUGUGGCACCCAGGUGUUCUUCUUCAUCUUCCUGGGGGGUGCUGAGUGUGUCCUCCUGGCUGUGAUGGCUUUGGAUCAAUAUGUGGCCAUCUGCAACCCACUGCGCUACACCCUUAUUAUGAGUUGGAAGGUCUGUGUAUGCCUUGCAGCUGGGUCACUGGGGCUGGGUUCCCUAUUUGCUCUGCAAUUUACCACUCUCCUCUUCCAUCAGUCAUUUUGUGAUACCAGUGAAAUCAACCACUUCUACUGUGAUGUGAUGCCUGUGCUGCGGCUGGUGUGUGGCAAUACAAAGAGCCUUGAGGCCAUCAUUUUUGCUGCCACCUCCAUAACCCUGACUGUCCCCUUCCUCAUGAUCUGCAUCUCCUAUGUCUUCAUUAUAGCUGCCAUCUUGCAGAUCCACUCUGCAGCUGGCCGUCACCGCGCUUUUUCCACCUGCUCCUCCCACCUAACCAUCGUUCUUCUGCAAUAUGGCUGUGCAAUAUUCACUUACUGUCACACCAGCUCUACCUACUUCCCAGAACAAGGGCAAGUGGUGUCUGUAGUCUAUACCUUUGUCACCCCUUUAGUGAACCCCCUGAUUUAUAGUAUGAGGAACAAGGAGCUGAAGGACGCCUUCAGUAGAGUGCUGGGAAGGAAGUUGCUUUUCCAGAGGGAGUGAUGAGCUUUGGCUAUCUAAUUAAAUGAAUAAUCCUUGGAUGACUCAAGCAGCUUGGGAGAAGGACAUGGAAGAUUCCAUCUUUGGGGUGCCGGUUACAUUCUGGAUUCAGGCUGUGGUACUGAUAGAUAGUUUGGAGUGUUUGGGGGUGAAUUUGUCAAGGUACCAUGACACCUCAUGGGAGUUCCAUGGUAAGGCCAAGCCUUGAUCAAGCAGAAGUCAUGCUGAAGACAACUCAUGUCCAUUCUUCUGUAAAGGCUCCAUUUCCAGACUAAUGAAAAGUGGAUCAUUUUGCCAGUGUUAUAUUUUUCCUUUUUUUCCAGCAACAUUAGCAGUUCUGGAGAUUGAAACACAUACUUCAAAUUCAGCAAACCAAUAUUCACGUGGUAAGAAAGAUGUUUUGGCUUGUACCAGAAAUUUCUAUUUAGAUUUGACCAAAUUAUAAGCAGCAGAAAAAUCACCACCUGGACAUGCGCAGUGGAAGGACUAGAUACUUGCUCUAGUUUUCUAAAUUUUCCAGCUGUUCAGCAAGCCUCUUCCUACACCCCUGAAUGGGUUCUACACUGAUACAUGGAAUAACAGAAAGCAUAGAGGUAAAAAGUCUUUGUUCCUGCAUUUCCUAGUUUAGCAAUUCUCAGCACCCACUUGUCACACAGUUCUUCAGCAUAGCUUUUCUGCAUAUGGUUUCUCUGAUUAGAAUGCAGAAGUAGCUGCUGUAGUACAAGCACACUGGAGAUAGACUCUUGAGGGAAAGUGUUGCAGGGUUGGGGGACUGAUUGUCACUGUGAUGAAACUGGAAAUGCUUUGUAAUAACUGU